GUAAAACAAUAUGAAGCCAGCAAUAAAGAAGACCAUCAGCAGAUCCUCGAAAGCCGGGCUGGCUUUCCCUGUGGGCAGGAUUCACAAGAUGCUACGAAAAGGGAACUACGCACCACGUGUCGGGUCAGGCGCUCCAGUGUAUCUAGCUGGUGUCCUAGAAUACUUGGCUGCGGAAAUACUAGAACUUUCGCUGGAGGUCGCUAAAAAUAAUAACAAGACCAGGAUCAUACCACGGCACAUAAUGGUCGCUAUUAAAACUGACGAUGAAUUGAACAGAAUGCUAUCAGGAGUGACUAUAUCACAAAGCGGUGUGCUGCCAUCUAUAAAUUCAGUUUUGUUGCCAAGGAAAACGGUGAAAAAUACGUCGAAGAUGCAAUCCUCACAGAGUUAGUUUUAAGAAAAGAUAAUGCAGUAAUUUAUUUCCUAUUUAUUGUUUUUGAUAUUUAAUAAAUGCAUAUUAAAAUAUUGUAAUUGAACGUUUGUGAUAAACUUAGUCCUUUUAAGGACUGCAACG